GAAACUGAACAUACACGCCGCGAUCGCGGUCUAACUUACGAUAUGGCGGGAAAGUAAUUAACUAACUUUUCAAAAAAUUCAUGGUCGUGACACAGCAUUACAUAAGUUAUGAUUUAAAUAAUGAACUAAUUGUUAUUGUUGAGUGAAUUUGGAGCAAUAUCUUUGUUAGAACAUGAAUGUUUCGACUUUGAAAAAGUGGCACUGGUGUUGGAGCAUGCUGAUAUUGGCGCUAGAUAGUUCACAAGGCGAGAAAUAUACACUAGGAUACCUGACUGGCUCGAAGCGUAGGCCUGGCGACUACAGUUAUUCACGACCAGGGCGUGUUAUUUCUGGGGCGAUAUCAAUGGCGGUAGAAGAAAUUAACGACAAAUUACUAGGACCAAUGGGCCAUUCUUUAGAUUUUGUCGUCGCUGAAACGUACGGACAAGAAGAAGAAUCUAUAAAACAAGUGGCGGCUUUGUGGGCAGCCAACGUGUCCGCAUUUAUAGGCCCGCAAGAGACAUGCGUCCACGAGGGUCGUAUGGCAGCUGCCUUUAACUUGCCAAUGAUCAGCUACUAUUGCCGAGACGUGGCCAGUUCAAACAAACGGGUGUACGCGACGUUCGCGCGGACCCGUCCCUCGGACAUCGACAUCUCGCGGUCGGUCCUCGCCGUGCUCACGCAUUUCAAUUUCAAGCAUAUAGCAGUAGUCUACCUCAAAGCACCAAAUCAUGACUUCUCUCGAUUGGCCCUUGCUAUUAUGUCGGCGGCAACUGAGAAACAAAUAUCAGUACGGAAAGUACAAGUGUACAGGCAACCAUAUUAUAACGAGAAUAGAAGAGAAAACUUCAGUCGUAAUCCCUUCCUGGACAUUGUUAGAGAGACUUAUAAGGACACUAGAAUUUAUGUAUGCGUGGGAUAUUAUCACGACCACAUCGGGUUAAUGUUGGCCUUGGAUGCUAUGCAGCUGUUAGAUUCAGGGGAAUAUGCAGCAAUCGGCGUGGACGUAGAGAAAUAUGAAUCUGAAGAAGCAGUCCGGUACUUAGCUGGUCCUCUCCGUAAAACACCUUCACUGAGAGCUAUCAGAGCAUUUCGCUCAUAUCUGGCAGUGGCCCCAUCCCCUUCUCCUUCUUACCCAGCAUUUGCCAUAGAAGUAAACAAAAGAUUGCAAAUGCCACCAUUUAAUUUUACGAAUCCAUUACUUGUGUUUGGGGCUGGGAAAGUGAUUCCAGUAGAGGCAGCGUGGCUCCAUGACGCUGUGUGGGUAUAUGCACGAGCGCUAGCCUCAGUUCUGAGCAAAGGUGAAGACCCACGCGACGGUCGGGCCAUUGCUGCUCAUAUGAGGAACACCACUUAUCACAGUGUUAUGGGGUAUUGGGUGCAUAUGGAUGAAUCUGGAGACGCAGAAGGAAACUACACUUUGCUGUCAUUUGAUCCAACAAAACCUCCUGGGCUCUAUCCAGUUGCUGUACUGCACAAAUCUGCUCCCGAGGUGAGACUGUUACGGGAAUUGAAAUGGCCUGGUGGGCAGGUUCCCCUCUCUGAGCCACCGUGUGGCUUCCGGGGGGAAAAAUGCGUCAGUCACAUAGGUGCUUGGGCAUUAGGAGCAUCAGGCGCUACAUUGGCACUUCUAGCUCUAGCAGCGUUGGCGCUGUACCGCGGCUGGCGAUAUGAACAAGAGCUAGACUCGCUUCUAUGGAAGAUAGACUUCCGGGACCUUCACUUGCCGGAAGAUGAGCAACCUACCAACAAACUGAAUAGCAGUACAGGCGCCAAUAUGAAUACUUCAAGUAAUGCCGUGGGAUCGUCGGAGAAGAAUGCCGCAGGUGGGAGUACAGGAGGAGUCCGCUCCAGUCAAGUGUCACUCAGCUCCAACCCGGACCUGGAUUUCAGAUAUUCCGCCAUCUUUACGGAAGUGGCUUUUUACCGUGGACGAUUACUCGCCGUGAAACGCGUCCGAAGACAUCACAUCGAUAUCAACAGGGAAAUAAAAAAGGAGCUUAAAAUUAUGAGAGAUCUACAACAUGACAAUGUGAACGGCUUUGUGGGCGCGUGCAUUGAACCACCCAACGUAUGCGCUCUCUCCGAAUACUGUACUAGGGGCAGUCUUAAGGAUAUUCUGGAGAAUGAAGAUAUCAAACUAGAUAAUAUGUUUCUUGCCUCCCUCGUUGGUGACAUUAUCAGGGGUAUGAUAUUCAUCCACGAGUCACCACUUCAAUUCCACGGGGCACUACGACCGUCCAACUGUCUAGUGGACGCGCGAUGGGUGGUCAAACUAGCCGACUUCGGACUUAGAGAAUUCAGGAGAGGAGAACUUCCACCCUCUGAACCCAAUAGUUUGCGAUCUCAUAUAGAAAAUUUAAUGUACUUAUCGCCGGAGCUGCUCCGCUCGGCGGGCUGGGGCAAAGAUGUCUACCCAAUGUCCGAAGAGCAUCAGGACGGUUCUCCGGCUGCGGAUGUGUACGCUUUUGCGCUGGUCCUGUAUGAGCUGCAUACGAGAAGGGGCCCAUUUGGUCCGGACCCCCUACCCACACCCACGCUGUUAAGACGGAUAGCUGUUCCCGACCAAGCACCUUACAGGCCGACAUUGGAGCCACUGUCGGGACGGUUUGAUUGUGUGCGUGAAUGUUGCAGUGAUUGUUGGGCCGAGGAUCCUAAUACUCGGCCUGACUUUAAAGCCAUUCGCACUAGGCUUCGACCUCUACGAAAAGGAAUGAAGGCUAAUAUAUUUGACAAUAUGAUAGCUAUGAUGGAAAAAUACGCAAAUAAUCUGGAAGCACUUGUUGACGAACGGACAGACCAGUUGCAGGAGGAGAAAAAAAAGACUGAGGCAUUAUUAGAAGAAAUGUUGCCAGCACCAGUAGCAGAACAGCUUAAACGAGGGCGACGAGUGAUGCCCGAGAGUUACGAUUCCGUAACUAUUUACUUCAGCGAUAUCGUAGGAUUCACAGCCAUGUCAGCGGAAAGCACUCCGCUUCAGGUUGUGGACUUUUUAAAUGAUCUAUAUACAUGCUUUGAUUCUAUUCUGGAAAACUUUGAUGUAUAUAAAGUGGAAACUAUUGGCGACGCUUACAUGGUCGUGUCAGGAUUGCCAAUCCGCAACGGGAUAGUGCACGCGGGCGAGGUGGCGUCCAUGGCGCUGGCGCUGCUCGCCGCCACGCGCGCCUUCCGCGUCCGACACCGCCCCGACCAGCGCCUGCUGCUCCGCGUCGGCAUACACUCCGGUCCAGUGUGCGCGGGAGUUGUAGGUCUGAAAAUGCCAAGAUACUGUCUUUUUGGGGAUACUGUAAAUACGGCCAGCCGCUUCGAAUCUACUGGAGCACCUUUAAAAAUCCAUUGUAGCGCGGCGUGUAAAACUUUACUUGAUCAACUGGGAGGAUAUGUUCUUGAGGAGCGUGGUAUAGUGUCAAUGAAAGGGAAACGCGAUCAGAUCACAUACUGGUUGCGAGGCGAGGAACCAGCUGCGGCGGCAGCACGAGCCGCGCGCCGCACUCAGAAGGAAGAUGUACAACCCACGCCCACCGAGAGACGCGGCCAGCGCAGUUCACUCAAGAGUAAAAAUUGGAAGAAUCACGUUGGAGGAUUACACAGAUGCUGUAGUUUAGAAUCUCCGAAGAAGUUACGAUUCGCUUCAGGAAAUCAUCUAGAAUCACACACAGACAGCGUAUUACACCACAGAAGUGACGAAUAUCUUAUGGAGGUGGUCGGCGAGGGUCGUCUGACUCCGGCACAACGCGGAGACCUACUGGAGGCGCCCAGCUUGCGGCACGAAUACACGAGCGUGUCUUGUCCCAUUAUAGAGCAAGCAGAGAGUUGCGUGCCGCGGUCGCCGCCCCCGCGGUACCCGUCACCCGCCGUUCCCGAGCAUGACUCCGCGGACCUCCCCGAACCCGACGUCAAACUCGUCAUCAACGGUUGCACCUAUGAUGAAAGCGAUGGAGCGGGUAUACCCCUUCUCGCUGACACGUGAACGGAUUCCUGUACUUAAUUAGCGACCCACACUAGUCAAUGAUUUAGUAGAUCUGUAAAUUAUAUAUGUUUCAACUAGUUUACGCUCUCUAUUUGAUAUUACUGCCACAAUAAUUAUAGUGAGCGACUCUUCCUCUCGUGAAAUUAAACGUCUGAACCACAGAUAUAGAUAGAACUCGAUAACAGAAGUAAAUAUUUUUUGGUACAAUCUAUAAUAUUAUCAAUAACGUUGUUCUUGUCAUUCCUUUAAAUACUUUAAACAAAAUUAAACCUGAAUAAUCUGGCACUAAAGCGUCUUAUAUAGACAAUAAAUGACAUACGGGUUUGAU